CUCUAAAACUCAACUCCUCUAUACUAACGCAUGCCCUCAGCUCUCCAUUUCCAUUAAUGCCAAUAUAAGCAAAUUUAUACUAGCCAAACUCAAUCAUUCAUUUAAAAAAACUUCAAAAACAAACUCUCCCCCAAAAUCUUUUAAAAAUUAAAAAAUCCUUCUCCAUUUGAGAGAAUUUAAAAAAAAUGAGAGGCAAAGCAAAAAUGCUUCUUUUGCCUUUCAAUCUUGUUUGGCUUGCUUUGCUUCUGGCUUCAUUUUUUGUUAAAAAUGUUGCUUAUAAUGAGGAUAGAUUGAUGGCAACAAUACAACAAAAUCUUAUUUAUGCAUUGUUUCCAGGCGAUGAAUUCCCCCAGACUCGAUACAAAUUGAAUGCAGUCACAGGCUUCCAAAAUUGGCGCUUCAAUCAGUUGGUUAACAUUGCCGAGAUAGAUAACAACACUGAAAUGCCUCGAGGGAGUACUCAAUCGAAUGAUGUGCUUAUGUAUAAUGAAUGGAUUUACCUUCAAAAUACAGGAAAUACUGGAGCAUUUAAUGGGGUGUUUGAUAUGGCUAUUGCAAAUCUUAUACAAAAGGUUGAAGAAUUUACUUCAAAUAAUGAAAACAUCUACGACUGUGAUCCUGAUACUGCUGAAAAUGAUUUGAAGGAAUAUGAUAGAAUCCAAGUUGAAACCAAAGAAGCAUUAAGAGAUAGCCCUGAAGAAAGGAAGAAAAUACUUUGGAAAAGGAAAAAAUUGCUUUCGAAAAUCUGUCAAUGUUUUACACCUUCUUCAUCAACUUCUCAUCACAGUUCUCAUCAAGAAACAUUCACUCAAGACAGAAAAAACCAUUGUGAAGUGCUAAUCGAGUUAAUUAUUCGCUGUAAAGUGUUUAUUAGAGAUUUACAUUCGGAAGGGGCUGAAGGCUCUUUGAUUGAUAUAUUCUCUUUUAUGGAAAAACAUCCACCUCUUGGACAUCUUAUACAAAUUUUAAAUUUUUCUAAAUUUCAAAGUAAAGCAUUAGAUAAAGCUAUAAAUGAGAGAAUUUACCAAGAGCAUUUGGAGAAUAAAAUGAGAAAAGAAUAUAAAAAUGCAAUUGUGCAAGGGGCUGGUCCCGUUGGUUUAUACGCUGCCUACAAACUUUUUAUUGAAGGAGUGAAUGUAACGCUUGUGAAUGAUCGCUCCGAAGAGUACAUACGAAAUCGAGUUGUCUUUUUUGACCGAAAAUGGAUGUCACAGUUACGUUUCUUUUUGGGUACUGAGUUUAAUAAAUUAUUCUUUGACAAACAGAAUGGAGAAAAAUCGCUUGGAAGAAUACUUGAUGAAGAUAUUGGGUUUGUUAGCAUAAAAAAUAUGGAAAAUGUUUUGAUGAAACGGUUAAAAGUUCUGUCAAGUUAUAUAAAUGGACGAGAAAGACAGCAAGAAAACCAACAAGAAAAAGCAUUUUUGAAUUUGAUUUAUAAUACAGCAGUUUUGAACAUAUUUACAGAUUAUGUAAAGCCAUUGGCAAUCCUCGGUGCACCUGAGAAACGCCCUGAAUCUUUUGAUUUUAAUCAAUUGAGAAAAAUGUUAAUGAAUUAUGAGGGAACUGUUGAAUCAGAUCAUGUCAUUGGAAUUCCUUUUGAUUUGUUUUUCUGUGCUGGUGGUGCUCGAGAUCAUAUAAGAACAGUGUAUAUUGAGCCCCCACAACAAUUAACGGAAUCAAAAAAUUAUGGUGUCGUCAUCUUUGAUAAGGAGAAUCCUAAUAUUAAAGUCUUCGAAGAUUCUGCUGUUUUCUACCGUGAUCAUAUGGCUGGUAUGAGGAAGCAUCUUGUGAAACAGGAUUUUAAUGAAUUGAUUCGGCAAGCUGAUUUUCUUUCUGAUCAACUUAAAUCAAAGUAUAAGAAUUUAACAAAAAUGAUAUUACAAGAUGAAUAUAUCGUUGUUCGUCUAUUUGAAUCAAAUCCAACAUUGCAUAUUGCAUCUAUAACACCUAGAGCACUUGUAGAAUUUAUUAAUGAUUUACAAAGUGAAAAAGGAAAUAAUGAGGAUUUGAAGGAAUACUAUGAUAAAUUUCACGAAGGAUUGCAAAAACGAUGGGCCAAAGCUCUUUUUAGUUAUACAUUUUCUACUAGACAUCCGGAGAGACUUGGAGAAGUAGUUAUUAAAGAAGAACACGUUGGAAGUUCAAGUACAAGUUCUAGAGGCAAAGGAAAAGCACAUGAACCAGAACAAGUUCUUCAUUUUGACCCUCACAGUGCCAAUACAAGCACUUUUUAUGUGGCAAUUUAUGGAAUUGAAAAUCCUGUGAGAGAACUUCAUGGAACUCAAGAUUCAGCAAUUAUUGCAGCUAUAGGUGAUGCAAAUACAAGCGCUCAUUUUAUGACUGCUAGCGGGAUUAGUACAGGCAAGUUUCAAAGAAAAAUAAGGAUUGCUCUUAAGCAAUAACGAGUGACUAUAAAUUUU